UAUGCAGUAAUUUGAAAUAGUAAUCGUUAAUAGGGAUAGAAGUAGAAGUACACUACAAAUCAUACUAUUUUGACAAGUGAAAAAUAAAAACCAGCAGAACUGUUCUCCGACCCCCAAAUCUCCAGCCCGCCCCUCCCGUUCCAGGCUCUCGCCGCCGCCGCCGCCGCCAUCUCCAGGCUCCCGCCGCCGCAGGGUAGACAGCGCGAAGGCUUCAGAUGGCUCCCGCAUCACCACCGCCUCCCUUCGCCGGCCAGGAGCGUGGACGGGUCAAAUCGCCGCCGCUGGACACGCCGCUCGUGGGACGCGCCGGCGGCGCUCCGCGGCAGGGCUCCUCCUCCCCAAGGCCCAGCCAUACUUCUCGCGUCGGCAGCCUCCGUUCACUGAAGAAUACAGCACCGACAGAGGCUACGGUGGGCACACCGCCGGAGCUACCGGAGGAACUCCUGAUGACCGUCUUCGGCACCCUUGAGAUCCCUGACCUUGUACGCGCUGCUUCCGUCUGUGCCUCGUGGCGCUCCGCCUACACCGCCCUGCGCAGCCUCGGCAAGCACAAGCAGGCCCAGACGCCGUGCCUGCUCUACACCUCUGAAUCUGCUGGUGACAAUGUUGCGUGCCUCUACAGCCUCGUGGAGAAGAGGGUUUACAGGUUGACCCUGCCGGAGCCACCUCUCCGCCGCCGGUUUCUGAUUGGGUCCUCGCUCGGCUUCGUGAUCACCGUCGAUGAUAUAUCUGAAAUGCACCUCGUCAAUCCCAUCACUGGUCAACAGAUUGCUCUCCCUUCGGUGACCACCAUGGAGUACGUGAAGCCCAUCUUUGAUGACUUGGGUGCUGUCCAAGAGUACGAAUACCCAAGUCGUUUUGCAGGACGAGCUUUCUUCGCGCCAUCGAUCGUCGCUCGCUGUAACCUGGGAGAACAACUCCAGAUCAAGGCGUUUGUGUUUCAUGAUACAUCCACAGGAAGCUACAUCGUGUCGCUCAUCCACGAGCCAUUCAAUCACCUCUCGUUUGCAAGAGUAGGGGAUGAUAAGUGGACCUUGCUGCCACCACACCAUCACUAUCAGGACUGCACCUACAAGGAUGGGUUGUUGUACGCAGUGGAUAUAAAGGGAGAAAUCCAUGCCUUCGAUCUUAGUGGUCCUGAUGUUACAAUGAAGAUUAUUAGGGGGGUUGACGUGGAUUUUUAUCCCGAUGCCAUAUACAUUGUUGAGGCCCCAUGGGGUGGUCUGCUGCUCGUUUCAAGAUUUAAAGAGUUUGAGCAUCCUGCUGAAGAUGGUGACCCUGAAAUAUAUGUUCCACAUACUACGGAAAUCAAAUUACACAGAGUUGAUGGCACAGAGAGGCUUGUGGAAAUCGAUUGCUUGCCUGACCAUGUGCUGUUUCUUGGGCACAACGAUCCACUUUGUCUGAGUGCCAAAGAUUACCCUGCUCUCAAGGGAAAUCAUGCCUACUUUACUGACGAUGAUGAGUACAAUAAAAACCGUAAGAGUAGUCCUCGUGAUAUUGGAGUAGUUGGCUUGGGCAAUAAUAGCGAGGUGGACCUUGUGUCUCCUCUGCUUUGGUCCAACUGGCCUUCUCCAGUGUGGCUUACACCCAGCCUUACGGUGAUGAAACUGCCAUCGGAUGACCGUUGGCUCAGUGAAUGGGAUCAUGUACUCUCCAGACCAUCACCGACUGAGGCUACGGUAGGCACUACACUCCUGGAGCUACCAGAGGACAUCAUGAUGCGUGUCUUUGCCACCCUUGAGAUCCCUGACCUCGUACGUGCUGGUGCUGUCUGCACCUUUUGGCGCUCUGCCUACACCGCCCUGCGCAAACUUGGCACACACAAGCAGCCCCAGACGCCUUGCCUGCUCUACUGCUCUGAAUCUUCCAGCGAGAAUGUUGCCUGUCUCUACAGCCUUGUGGAGAAGAGGGUUUACAGGCUAACUCUCCUGGAGCCGCCUCUCCACAGUAGGUUUCUGAUUGGGUCCUCUCUUGGCUUGCUGGUCACCGUCGACGAGAGAUCUGAAAUGCACCUUGUCAAUCCGAUCACUGGUCAACAGAUUGCUCUCCCUUCAGUGACCACGAUGCAGCACGUGAAGCCCAUCUGUGAUGACUCGGGUGCAGUCCACAAGUAUGCAUACUCAUGGCACACGGCAAAGCAAGUUAUCUGCACUCCAAAGAUAAUUGCUCCAGCUGCCCUGCGGGAAGUCUUCCACCAGAAGGCUUUUUUGUUUUAUGAUACACCCACAGGGAGCUACGUAGUGGUGCUCAUCCACAUGCCGUUUGGUCAGCUAUCCUUUGCAAGGGUAGGGGACGAUAAGUGGACCUGGCUGCCACCUCACACUGAUUAUUUUGACUGCACCUACAAGGAUGGGCUACUGUAUGCAGUGACUCUAAUGGGAGAAAUCCACACCUUUGAUCUUAGUGGGCCUGCUGUUACAAUGAACAUUAUCAUGGGUGUGGAUGAUGACGAUUUAGAGAUUCAGGGAGCAUACAUUCUUCAAGCUCCAUGGGGUGGUUUGCUGCUUAUUUGGAGAUUGAAAGUGUAUAGUGGUAAUCCUGAUGAUACUUCAUCACUUACACUGCACACCAUGGGAAUUAAAAUACAUGAGGUUGAUGUUGCUGCCAAGAAGCUUGUGGAAAUUGAUUGCCUGCACGACCAUGCGCUGUUUCUUGGUCAUAACCAGUCACUCUGUCUCAGCACUAAAGAAUGCCCUGCUCUCAAGGAAAAUCGUGUCUACUUCACUGACGAUAAUGAGUACAUAACUGGGCAAAAGGAUAAUCGUCGCGAUAUAGGACUACUUCGCUUGGAGAAUAAUAGCUGGGAAAGCCUUGUGUUUCCUCAGCUUUGGUCCAACUGGCCUGCUCCUGUGUGGAUUACACCCAAUCUUACAAUGAUGAAACUGUCGUUAAAUAAGUAGGCCGGCUUCAAGAAGGCUUAAUAAGAUGCUCGCCUAGGUGCAUGUAGGCGAGCUGGAGGGCCGAUUGCAUUGCUUAGGACUAUGAGCAGGAGUAGGAAGAGGCUGGUUUCGACAACACAAUUACAAAUUCUGGCAUCAAAUGACUGAUGAUUCAGGAGGUCGCGUGAUGUAUCGUGCUGUCAAGUUAUCAUUUAUCAAGUGUUUAAGCUUCAUGGACGUGUUUGUUGUAUCGCGUGUGGGACUCUGCAAAUUUAUCAUGCCUUGUGACUGAUGUGUGUGUGUGUGUGGUUGUGUCUUUUUAUGACUCCUGGGAGAAGUCAGAGAAAUAAGAACUUUGCUAUGCUUGUUUUGUGGUGA